AUGACGAGGGCAUCUCCGACAGACCCAGUGCUGAUUAUAGGCGCUGGUAUCUCAGGGCUUGCGCUCGCUCAAGGGCUCCGUCUCAAUUCCAUUCCGUUUCGCCUUUUUGAACUACGUCCUCGAUCGCAUGGCUCCCAAGGCCAUCGCCUUCGUAUCUCUCCCGAGACAGUUACUGCACUAGACUCCAUCCUUCUUCCUCAAUCAAAAUCUCUGUUCUAUCAGACUGGCGCAGAGAAAGGAGCUUUCCAGCCCCGAUAUGUCGCUGCAAAGGAAUUUGUAUUCCCUUCGCCAACACCCGCCUCACAUUCCCAAGGUAUCCCCAUCGAUCGGACAUGGUUGCGGAAUCUGAUGAUGCUCGGAGUCGACGACGCAAUCGAAUUUGAGAAGGAGCUUACUUCAUAUGAAGUGAUAGAAAACGAUAAAGUAUGCGUCUCCUUCGACGACGGCUCUUGGGCGACCGGAUGUUUUCUUGUAGCUGCGGACGGAGUAAGAAGCCGUGUUCGCCGCCAACUCCAACCCCAUUGUCGACUCCUCGAUCUAGAGAGAUGGGUGAUUUGGGGCAGGACAUUGCUGACGGAAAGUCUCCGAGCUCGUUUGAGGGACGAUCAACUUACUUGGUUUAUGGCCAUUGAUAAAGAAGCCAACGUGCAGGUCGUUCUUGAACCAAUGGUGUGGAAGAAAAGUGUCACGGAGGCCUCGGAAUAUCGUCUUACUGAUUGCCACGACUACAUAUACUGGGCUCUGUGUACCGAAACAGCGCCUGGUGGGUUACUCCUGCCAAAAUCGGCUCGAGAAAGAAAGGAAUUCCUACUCAACAUUACAAAACAUUGGCACCCUGAUCUGCAAUUGAUCUUCAAUAUGGCAUCACACGAUCUUUUGACAUGUGUCACAGUCUUGUCUAGUAAACCGGAUAUCGAAAUACAGUCGUCUAGCCAUCGGGGCAAAGUCACUCUACUCGGUGACUCAGCACAUGUCAUGAGGUAUGUGUUCUUGAAGUUUGUCUCCUAAUCCGAUUUAUUUGAGGAGUGAGAUUCCUCUUCAAACUUAGAAGGAUUUUCUUUAUCUUGUUCUAUUCGCAUUAUCCCCAUAGAACAAGUCGGAAAGUUUAUACUGACACUCUAGCCAUAGCCCGAUGGGCGGAUCUGGUGGCAAUGCCGCAAUUCUCAACGCGGUGGAUUUGGCACAGACAAUCAAUAGGUAUGGAAUUUCGCAAAAGGCUAUGGAAGGGUUUGAGGAGAGGAUGUCACAGCGAGCAAAAGAAAAGAUCGAGCAUUCAUUUGAGGGAGGUAAGAAGUUUUGGAAAGGAGGAGAAUGGUUCCAGUAUCAGGAGAGUGAAGUUUGA